ACAGCUCUUAUUUCUCACUUUUUCCUCUCUGGGUUUGAGUCUCUGGAGCCUCUGCAGCAGUUUGAGGGAGCAGAGGAGCAGAGGAGGAGAGGAAGAGCAGACUGAAGGCAGAUUAAAAUGUGUUUGUGUGGGACGAAGGCGAAGAAACUUCCAGUUCUGGCCAGCCGGGCCUUCAGCAGCUCUGCCAGGCAGCUGAAGAACAAAGUCCCCGAGGCCCAGAAACUCUUCCAGGAGGACAACGGGUUGCCGGUUCACAUCAAGGGAGGAACCGGUGACAUGAUGCUCUACAGGGCCACCAUGACGCUAACUAUAGCAGGAACCUGCUACUCUCUCUACUGGCUGCUCAUGGCCUCCAUGCCUCAGAAGAAAGCGUAGAGCAGGAAGCAACCCCGCCCCUGGGCUCGGUCUAUUGCUUGGAGAACAGCGCCCGGCUCCGUCUAACACUAAUGCUUGUUGUGUGAAUUCUCUUUGAUUGUAUCACAAGCCGUCCUACUUUGAUAAUGGCAGUGAUGAAUGUGUAAAAAGUGUAAAACAUUUUGA